CUGUCAUGGACGAAGUGCAGCUAUUGAAGAGCUGGAAUGGAACAAAUGUCUGUUUUCUUUCCUUGACGAUGAGCUGGACCGAGGAGGAGGAAAAGUCAAAGAGAUCAGGAGCCAAAACUAGAAGCACCUGGACACAAAUAGAAGUGGAUGCUGCAGAAGGAGAUUUCCAGAAUCACCAGAAGAAGCUUCUGGAAACGGUGUGUCUCUGAUCACCUGCAGCGUCGAUGCAAAGAGAAGAAGAAGCUCUGCAGCCUGACGGGUGGGGCCUGGCUAGUUCCUGGAUGGGAGAAGCUGGGAAUAGCAGAUCGAUGCUGGAAGCUUUUAUCUGUCCAACCUGCAGAGGGCGCUGCUGCUGCUGGACUGGAAACAGCCUGAAGAACCAGAGGAGGAAUUAUUCUGAAGAUAUGGAGAGAAAACACACAAGUAAACAGUGGAGCAGCUACAAUCAGUGAUUUCAGACACUGUUGGCUGAUUUCAUCUAGAACAGUGGUUCUCAACCCUGUUCCUCAGGACCCCAUGUCCUGCAUGUUUUAGAUGCUUCCUUCUUCCAACACACCUGAUUCAAAUGAUCAGCUCGUUAUCAGGCUUCUGCAGAGGCUUGAUAACGAGCUGAUCAUUUGAAUCAGGUGUGUUGGAGCAGGGAAGCAUCUAAAACAUGCAGGACAUGGGGUCCUGAGGAACAGGGUUGAGAACCACUGAUCGAGAAGAUAUCAGAUAAAUGGAGGAAAACGUUCAAUUAUUCAAAUAGCGUGAAAGUGAAUUAGUGAGGCAGGUUCUCAGUUGUAAAGACAUUAAAUGAUCCUUAAAAACAGAAUUUACAAAGUGAUGUUGUGGGUCUAGAGGCUCAAAGUGUGACAUUUACCAAACUGAGUGUCAUUAUGAGAGUCAAAUAAAUGAAUGAAGCAAUGAAAUGGGAAAGAAUGUGUGAAAUUCUUCAAAGUUUCAAUGGAUUAAUCCAAUCUAAAAGACAUUUUCCUGAAUGUGGAAAAACAACAGGAAGUGGUUUAAAGCAAAGACACAGAAAAAAUCAGGAAGUGAUCAAAUCCAAGAAGAGACUAAAGGAGAGCAGAACACUAAACUAUUGAGCUUCCACAUUGAAAUGAGGAGUGGAUUAAAGUCCACAGCAGCAGACAAAGAAGAAGAUGAAGCCAGAGAAGGUCUGGAUUCCUCAGGUGACAUGUAGAGUGUAGAUUCCCUCUCUGACUGUAGUUCCUGUAAAACAGCUUCUCUGGACAUUUAGUGUUGAAAUGGACUCAUCACUUCUGGGACUGAUUCUUCUUUAUUCUUCCUAAAAGCUUCAUAUUUAUAGAAUUAGAAAGAAAUGGAAAAUGUUCCCAAACACACAUUUUCACCACAAACUGAUCCAUCAGGUUUCCUGCUUCGUUUCCCUGACAACAGUGACGUUACGGCCGUUCCUGUUCCUCAAAUUAGUUCUGCUUUUACCGUCUUCAUGUUGCAGCUUCUUUUCUCCGUCUGAAGAUCUUUACAGAGUGAAAAAUGACGACACCUCAAGAAGUUCUUCUGAGGACUUUGGAAGAUUUAGGAGACGAGGACUUUGAAAAAUUCAAAUGGUUCUUGAACCAAGAAAGUGUCCUAGAAGACUUCAAAUCAAUCCCAAAGUCUCACUUGGAGAAGGCAACCAGGGUCAGCACUGUGGAUCAAAUGGUCCAGAUCUAUGGAACUACAAAUGCCAUUAAAGUCACUGAGAAGGUUUUAAUAAAGAUGGAUAAAAUUGAUCUGGUGAGGAAAAUCUUAAGAACCAUCAAAGAACGUACAGAGAUUCUGUCCGGGUGUCACGAUAAGCUCAAGUCUAGCCUAACGCAGAAGUUCAAAUGUGUGUUUGAGGGCAUCGCUAAAGCAGGGCAGAAAACCCUUCUGAAUAAGAUCUACACAGAGCUGUACAUCACAGAGGGAGGGACUGCAGAGGUCAGUGAUGAACAUGAGGUCAGACAGAUUGAAGCAGCAUCCAGGAAACCAAACAGAGCAGAAACAACCAUCAGACCAGAAGACAUCUUUAAAGACCCAUCUGGAGAAGACAAACCAAUCAGAACAGUGAUGACACAGGGAGUGGCUGGCAUCGGGAAAACAGUGUUAACACAGAAGUUGACUCUGGACUGGGCUGAAGACAAAAGCAACCAGGACAUCCAGCUCAUGUUUCCAUUCACUUUCAGAGAGCUGAAUUUACUGACAAAGAGAAAGUUCAGCUUGGUGGAGCUUGUUCAUCACUGUUUCACUGAAACCAAAGCAGCAGGAAUCUGCAGUUUUGAAGACUUCCAGGUUGUGUUCAUCUUUGACGGUCUGGAUGAGUGUCGUCUUCCUCUGGACUUCAAAAACAAUGAGAUCCUGACUGAUGUUACAGAGUCCACCUCAGUGGAUGUGCUGCUGACAAACCUGAUCAGGGGGAAGCUGCUUCCCUCUGCUCGCCUCUGGAUAACCACACGACCUGCAGCAGCCAAUCAGAUCCCUGCUGACUGUGUGGACAUGGUGACGGAGGUCAGAGGGUUCACCGACCCACAGAAGGAGGAGUAUUUCAGGAAGAGAUUCAGAGAUGAGGAGCAGGCCAGCAGCAUCAUCUCCCACAUGAAGACAUCACAAAUCCUCCACAUCAUGUGCCACAUCCCAGUGUUCUGCUGGAUCACUGCUACAGUUCUGGAGAAGCUGCUGAGAUCCAGAGAGGGAGGAGAUCUACCCGGAACCCUGACUGAGAUGUUCAUCCAACACCUGGUGAUUCAGACCAAAGUCAAGAAGGACAAAUAUGAUAAAGGAGCUGAGACAGUUCUAGACAGCAGGAGCAUGAUUGAGUCUCUGGGAAAACUGGCUUUUGAGCAGCUGCAGAAAGGAAAGCUGAUCUUCUAUGAGUCCGACCUGACAGAGUGUGGCAUCGAUAUGGAAGCAGCCUCAGUGUACUCAGGAGUGUUCACACAGAUCUUUAGAGAGGAGAGUGGACUGUACCAGGACAAGGUGUUCUGCUUCGUCCAUCUGAGCAUUCAGGAGUUUCUGGCUGCAGUCUACAUGUUCCACUGUUACACCAACAGGAACCAGAAGGUUCUGAAGGACUUCUUGGGAAAAGGCUGGAAAGACAAGAACAGAGACACUCGGGAUGUGUUCCUGAAGAGAGUCAUGGAGAAAUCCAGGACUUUCUUCAGGAACACAUCCAGAGUGUCUCUGGAUGUGUUCAUGUUCAGAGUCAUGGAGAAAUCCCUCAGCAGUAAAAAUGGUCACCUGGACCUGUUUGUUCGCUUCCUUCAUGGCCUCUGUCUGGAGUCCAACCAGAGACUGUUAGGAGGUCUGCUGGGUUGGACAGAGAACCAUCCAGAAAUGAUCCAGAGAGUCAUCAACAACCUGAGGGAGAUGAACAGUGAUGGAAUGUCUCCAGACAGAAGCAUCAACAUCUUCCACUGUCUGAUGGAGAUGAAGGAUCUCUCAGUACAUCAGCAGAUCAAAGAGUUCCUGAAGUCAGAGAACAGAUCAGAGAAGAAACUCUCUGAGAUCCACUGCUCAGCUCUGGCCUACAUGCUGCAGAUGUCAGAGGAGGUUCUGGAUGAGUUGGACCUGAAGAAGUACAGAACAUCAAAGGAGGGAAAACGGAGACUGAUUCCAGCUGUGAGGAACUGCAGAAAGGCUGGACUUUCUUACUGUGAUCUCUCAGAGAGUCACUGUGAAAUUGUGGCCUCAGCUCUGAAGUCCAACCCCUCCCAUCUGAUAGAUCUGGACCUGAGCUGGAAUGAAAUCCAGGAUUCAGGAGUGAAGCAUCUUUCUGCUGGACUGCAGAGUCCAAACUGUAAACUGGAAGCUCUCAGAUUGUUUGACUGCAGUUUGUCAGAGAUCAGCUGUGAUUCUCUGGUCUCAGCUCUGAAGUCCAACCCCUCCCAUCUGGAACAUCUGGACCUGAGCAGAAACAAGCUGCAUGAUUCAGGAGUGAAACAUCUGAGUGGUUUUCUGGAGAGUCCAGACUGCAUCCUGAAGACUCUGAGAUUGGAGAGCUGCAGUUUGUCAGAGAUCAGCUGUGAUUCUCUGGUCUCAGCUCUGAAGUCCAACCCCUCCCAUCUGGAACAUCUGUACCUGAGCUACAACUACGACCUGCAGGAUUCAAGAGUGAAACAUCUGAGUGGUUUUCUGGAGAGUCCAGACUGCAUCCUGAAGACUCUGAGAUUGAUGAACUGCAGUUUGUCAGAGAUCAGCUGUGAUUCUCUGGUCUCAGCUCUGAAGUCCAACCCCUCCCAUCUGGAACAUCUGGACCUGAGUCUGAACAACCUGCGGUAUUCAUCAGUGAAACAUCUGUUAGAUCUUGUGAAGAGUCCAGACUGCAGCCUGAAGACUCUGAGCUGGAAGCUGUGGUACUGAUCAGGAUGGUGUUUGUGGUGAGAGGAUGAAGUGUGUCCUGAUGAUCCAGAGGUUGAAGCAGCAGCAGCUGGUGUGUAGAGACUCUGACUGGACCAUGUUACUGGGAGGUGGACUGGGAACCCGUGUAAAGUGUGUUGUUAUCACUGUGUAGUUUAGUGUUGCAGCUCCACACUGUGAAUGAUGGAGAACUGCAGUUAAUGUUGACAUGAAACGUUGGAGGUUGAUGUCAGGUUGCAGAGUGUGCAGUAAGUUUCAGGAUGUUUGUGUCGGUGCAGGAUUCUAUUUCAGUUAACUUUCUAUUUCCACCAAAGUCAGACUCCAAGUCAGUCAGAGUCAGAUGAAGUCUGAGAUUUACCGUCAUUUCAGCUCCAUGCAGCAAACAGAGGCUGGUUCAUGAACACAGACUCUGAUUCUGAGCUGAAAAUCCACAUUUUUACCCUCUGACUGAUAUCUGCCCACUUGGAGCCUCAGUUCCAGGUUUUCAGUCCUUCAUCUGUUUCUGGGGAUGUUCCAGCGUUAUCUUUUAGUUUAUCAUGACCUCAUCUUUGGUAAUGAUUCAAUCUAACCUUUUUACAAUCAUAAUCAUGAAACAUAAUCCUGAGUCAUCUUGUAAAUUAAAAUUAAGGCCUUUGUGCUUUUAAAUAAAGUUUAUCUGCCCACUUGUUCGAGUGGAUUGUUGUCAUGACUUUAUUUUAAUUUGUUUUUCUGCUAAAAUGUUGACAGGGUAAACACCAGAUCCUCACAGUCCACAAACUGUUCUUCCAUUUAUUAUUGUUCUUGUAUUUUUAUUUGUUUAUUCAUGAAUUUAUUGUGCAUAGUUUAUUCAACGUAUUCAUUGAUUCUUUUCUUUCGUUCAUUUCAGCCAACUUAUUCAGUUUUAUCUCGUGUGAAAAUCUCAACUAUAAUCAUUUCCAUUGUAUUUGGAAUCACUUGACCAGAAGUGCUGAAUAUCAAUAAAUUGUGACUUUUGAUAAA